AUGGGUGUCAUCACUAAUGACUUCGAGACCACGUCCCCAAUCCCUCCAGCCGAGAUGUGAGCCACUCUCCUUGACGCCGAUAACCUCAUCAACAAGGUCCUCCCACAAGACGUCAAGAGCAUUGAAGUCCUCGAGGGCGAUGGAGGUAUGACUUUCUGCGAAAGCAGUCGGUACAAGACGGCAAAGCACAAGGUCUAGGCCUUGGACAAGGAGAACUUCACCUACUGCUACUCAAUCAUCGAGGGUGACCCGCUGGGCACCGACUUUGAGAAGAUCAGUUACGAGGUGAAGAUCACCGCGUCGCCCGACGGAGGCUCGAUGUUGAAGAGCACAAGCAAGUACUUAACCAUUGGCGAGGUGAAUAUCACCGAGGAGGAGAUCAAGGCCGGGAAAGAGAAGGCGGACGCGAUGGUUAAGGCCAUCGAGGCUUCUGUCGUGGCAAACCCUGAUGCAUGUUGCGCCGAUCUCAUCGCUAUCUUUUAUUGUUCAUCCAUGGGUGCAACCAGCAUCACACAAGAGCUCACAUGCCCGAUUGCACCAGCUCACAUGUUCAAGGCCUUGAUCGUCGGGUUGAAUUCCCUGAUCCCAAAGCUCCUGCCUCAGUUCAUAAAGAGCGUGGAGCUCGUGCAAGGCGACGGAGGAGCCGGGAGCAUUGAGCAAGUUAAUAUCGCCGAAGCUAGUCAUUUCAAGAAUGUGAAGCAUCGGAUCGAUGAGCUUGACAAGGAGAACUUCGUGUGUAGGUAG